UUGAGCAAUUUUCAGAACAUCCAGACACUGAGAAAUUAUAUGAAAUUUUUUUAUCCUUGAUGAAACUUCACCAUAGUCAGUCUAUCGUGUAUAAAUUCAGUGCCGAGGCCAGUGAAAAAUUUGGGCAAAUUCAUAACGAACUAACAGACAAAGCAAAACAAAUUGCUCGCAAAAGUGCACUUAAAGUUUAUCAACCUGCUCUAUCUUAUCUUGGACGUCUUAGUUGCAUUCUACAUGUAUUAGAUAAUGUUAUAGAUGCAAUAAAUUAUAAACUCCCAAUUGGUUCUUUAACAUGGAAUACUGAAAUCAGUGCAGCUACAGUGUGGCAUGCUCGGGAGUUACUAGGACAUAUUAUCGAACAACGUCAUGCUUUGAUGGAGCAAACUACAAUUGAUAAUUCUCAACCAAAAGUCCGAGCACCAGCAAUUGAUCUUGUUGGUGGCCAGCCAUCAGCUCCAAUUCAGAGAUCUCCUGUUCCAAUGAUAAGAUCCCCUGGUGUUACAGUAAGAACUCCUCAAAUCAUGACUAGAUCACCUCAUAUGAUGCAAAGGCCCAUGAUGCAGUCUAUGGUUACUCCACCUAGAAACAUGGCACCAAGGAGAACUUUUCAGCCUAAUACCAUGGUAAGACCUGCUACAACUGUUCCCAUAAAUAAUGUUCGUCGAAAUUUAACUAUUAACAAACCUAUGCCUAAUACCAAUGACAAAUUUAAUAACAUUCUAGGGCAAAAGGCUGUAACUAAUGCAGAUCCUUUGAUUGUGUCUGUACACUCUGCAGGGCUGCCUGUAGCCAAUAAGGAACCAUCUUUCAAUCCUGUAAUAAGUGGCAUUGAAAGUGUCAACAAUGCAUCUGGUAAUAGCAUUACCACUGGUCUUAACUUGCCAUCUUCACUUUCUGUAUCUGUAGCUGAUGAUUCUGAAGCAGCUCAACCUACCCUUCUCUCUCGAUCACCUUAUUCUUCUGUUAAUGACUUGUCUGAAGAAGAUUUUCUAAGUUCUCAUAAGACUUCCAUCAAGAGGCUUUUAAUGCAUAAUAUUAGCGAGAUCACCCCUUCUCGGUGUGUGCAACUAAAACUCACCCCAAACCCUACUGCUUCCGAUGAAGAGCAAAAAUAUACUUCAAGUUUUGCUCGCUCUUUCCUGAAAAAGUUGGAAUCGCUAGGUUUUGGGAUCUGUGAUGGCCCUAAAAAUGGCAGUUUGCGACAUUUUGUUUUUAAGAAAAAGAAAUACAGUGCUUUAACUGAUAAGCAAGUAAAAAUUUUACAGAAUGUUAAUGUUAGUGAGACUCAGUAUAAUAAAUGUUUCAUUUCGACAACGUCACAGAAAACUAAUCAAAAUGGUAGUAGUGUUGUAUGUCUUGAAUAA